GAGAAUUUUCGUUUUAAUACUCUGUUUAUGCGCUCUACAACGCUACAAGGAGAACAAAAUUAAUAUGCAUUUGGUAGUUAUAUUGUUUUAUUAAAUAUUUUCUUCUGAACCAUCGUUGACGACGAUGUGGUUGAGUUAGAAUUUUACUUCAGCUGGAAACCUAGGAACCAAAAAUACAUAGGAAGUGAAUAAUAAUUGUCUUCCUUUUGUGUUUAUUUUUUUUUUGAGUGCAACAUUGCCACAUUUGCAAACAUGAUAAGAAUGCUAUUAGUUGCCGCUGUUAUCGUCAACUCGGUAUAUUCAGCUAACGAUACGGACGGAGGAGGCGCAUGUGCCCCACCCUGGGUGCAGUUUGAGGACCAGUGCUACACGGAACCGGCUUACACCCCAGCGAACUUCAAGACAUGGAGCGAUGCUAAAGACGAUUGCAGGAAUAUAGGUGGAGACUUGGCCAUCGUCAAUUCUCCACAUGCUCAGGCAUUUCUCACGGCUGCUAUGGAGUAUGAACAACAAGAUGUUUGGAUUGGAUUAUCAAACGGUCAGUCAAAUCCGAAUUUUACUUGGACGGACGGUUCGUCACUCAACUACACGAACUGGGGUCGCGAGCAACCGGACGGUUAUCCGGAGAGUACCGGGACAAAUCCACCGGCAUGUGUUGUGAUGAUGUCGAUCAAAACAGAGGCUGGAAAAUGGAACGAUCAGAACUGUGUUAGAGAACUACCUUAUUACUGCCAGAAACCAGUAGAUCCCAGCUUGACACCCCCUCCAUCAGGCGGCAUAUCGCUUUGCAGACCGGAUUACAUAACCUACUUCCAGGGCUGCUUCAAGUAUGUCUCCGAUGAUCUGAACUAUGACGAGGCUGAGGCCGCUUGCGCAAAAGACAAUACGCAUCUCGCCACUAUCGUUGACGCGUACGAUGAGGCUUUCAUCGAGACUCUCAUGUACGAAAACGGACACGAUUCGGCAUGGAUAGGACUACGCAAAAAUCCGGAGGAUACUGUCUACGAAUGGAACGACGGUUGGCCCGUCUACUACACCACUUGGGGUGCAGGGGAACCCUCCGGUGGGGAGGGGGAGGGGUGCGUCGAAGCCACCACCCUAGGGCAUUGGGAUGAUACAGUGUGCACUAAGGGACAACCCUAUAUCUGCAAGUACACAGACACGUCGAUGCCAGUACCGGGCCCCACAUCGGAUGGUUACUGCGAGAACGGGUGGAUAGAGUACGGUUCGCAUUGCUAUCUCUUUGUGACGCACAUCGACGAAGUGACGCGAACGUGGUCCGGUGCUAGCGUCGACUGCGACACGAAAGACGCAACGCUCCUGACGGUGCACAACGAAGACGAAAACGAUUUUAUUCUCCGGCAGUUGAGCAAGAGAAGUGCGGCCGGUGAUUUGACAGGGCCCCAUGUAGAGGCAGAGGGUGACUUGUGGUUAGGAGUCACGAGGAAUGACGAAGGAGGUUUCGAGUACUUGGAUGGUGAACCAGUGAAUUAUGUAAAUUGGGGUACGGGAGAACCACACGAUGGCCAAAGCACUGAUUGUGUUGUCAUGCAAAGCGACAUCGUUGGACAUUGGGCGACGUCGCAGUGCGGUGUCGUUAUGAAAUAUGGGUGCAAGAAAGCGAAACUUCCUGUAACCCCCUCGCAACCCAAGACUGAGGGAACUAAGCAGCCAACAACUAGCACACUAACAACACCAUCGAUGUCCACAACUAAUAUUCCCGGAAACCCUUCAGUCGGCCUAUCAGCCGGGGCCAUCGCCGGUAUCGUCAUCGCAUUCGUUGUCGUCGCCGGGUCCCUCGCUUCUGUGGUUGUCUGGUUCAUCAUGACCAAACGGAAGUCUGUGCCACACUCACAGUUCAACGAUGAAGCAAUUGACAUCUCCGGCUCAAAACCGUAAACGACAACAACAACAACAACAACAACACCAUCAACUAUAACAAUACUAUCAACCACGACAAGACGAAAAAGAAGAAGAAGAAGGAGAAGAACUACAAAAACAACAACAACAAAUCCAUUUUCAUUUUCAUUUUGACAAAAGACAAUAAUCACGGCAGUGCGUUGAUAAUGGAUGAAUUUAAGUGCCUUCGAGUGUUAAAACUGAAAUGAUGUAGAUAUCAUGAAAAUACGUUGACGAGUUUAUGAAGACCAUAAACACAAUUUGACGGUUCUUGGACUCCUACCCACUGGACAACUACCCCUAGGACGACUACCCCCUAGGACAACUACAGCU